UUGUACAGAUGCCUUGGUCAGGCGUCUCGUGCUAGUGCCAGGGGGGUGGCUGGUUGUCUCACACUUCUGCAGUGUUGGAUCUACGAGUACUUUCCGGGUUUCAGGCCAUCUCACUUUGAGCCACCUGUCGUUGGACCUGAUGAGGCUUGGGCUUCACGAUGGAUUGGGCAGCCGGCGACUGGUUCUGUGGCUGAUCCCAGUGUGAGGUUGGCGUUCUACCGUCGAGCUCUUGACAGCUUGACCCCUUCUGAUGUGUGUUGGACACCUUUCCAUCAGAGGCCUCAUCAGGCAGUGCGUCGCUCUUUGUACACUGGAGUGAUUCGGUUCGCUGAUAUAGGCGAGUUCUAUGAUCCAGCCCGUUGCCUCCGACAGUUUGGAUACCGACAGAUGGUACCGCCUCCCCCUUCGCGUCCUUAG